CCCGGCUUUGCGGUUCCUGACGAGGUCUCCGCUGUCGGGCUCUGGCCCCAGACAGUACAAUGGUGGGCGAAGAGAAGACGUCUCUAAGAAAACGGCUGUCAGAGUCCAGGGAAAAUUCUGAGGAAGAUGAAGACCAGAGAAGCCCUUCAAGGGGGUCCCUGGAGACAGCUAGUAAUGGUAGGAUUAACUUAAAACAGUUGAUGGCAAAGAAGAUACAGUUGACAGCAGAGGCAGAGGAAUUGAAGCCAUUUUUUAUGAAGGAAGUUGGCAGUCACUUUGAUGAUUUUGUGACCAGUCUCAUUGAAAAAUCAGCAUCCUUAGACAAUGGUGGGUGUGCUAUCACAAGCUUUUCUGUUCUUGAAGGAGAGAACAACCACAGAGCUAAAGAUUUCAGAGCACCUCCAGAACAUGGAAAGGUUUUUGUUCUAAGGCAGUCUCUCUUAGAUGAGCUGUUUGAGGUGGACCACAUCAGAACAAUCUAUCACAUGUUUAUUGCCCUCCUCAUUCUGUUUAUCCUCAGCACACUCGUUGUAGAUUACAUUGAUGAAGGAAGGCUGGUGCUCGAGUUCAGUGUCCUGUCUUAUGCUUUUGGCAAACUUCCUGUUGUUAUGUGGACGUGGUGUACCAUGUUCUUGAGUACACUUGGUGUUCCCUAUUUCCUCUUUCAACGUUGGGCCAGAGGUUAUAGCAGGAGUACUCACCCAGUGGUCCAUUCUCUCUUCCACUGCUUCCUUUUCAUGGUCUUCCAGAUUGGCGUUCUAGGUUUGGGACCAACGUAUGUUGUAUUAGCAUAUACGCUACCGCCAGCUUCCCGGUGCAUUGUUAUACUUGAACAGAUUCGUUUCGUAAUGAAAGCCCAUUCAUUUGUCAGAGAGAAUGUGCCUCGGGUACUAAAUUCAGCUAAGGAGAAAUCAAAAACGAUUCCAAUACCCACAGUCAACCAGUACCUGUAUUUCCUGUUUGCACCUACCCUCAUCUACCGUGACAACUAUCCCAGGACUCCCACUGUAAGAUGGGGUUAUGUUGCUAUGCAGUUUUUACAGGUUUUUGGUUCCUUUUUUUAUGUGUACUACAUCUUUGAAAGACUCUGCGCCCCCUUGUUUCGGAACAUUAAACAGGAGCCCUUCAGCGCUCGUGUUCUGGUCCUAUGUGUAUUUAACUCCAUCUUGCCAGGUGUGCUGGUACUGUUCCUCAUGUUUUUUGCCUUUUUACACUGUUGGCUGAAUGCUUUUGCUGAGAUGUUACGCUUUGGUGACAGGAUGUUUUAUAAGGAUUGGUGGAACUCCACAUCAUACGCUAACUAUUACAGGACCUGGAAUGUUGUGGUUCAUGACUGGUUGUAUUACUAUGCUUACAAGGACUUUCUCUGGUUUUUCACCAAGAGGUUCAAGUCGGCUGCCAUGUUAGCUGUCUUUGCUGUGUCUGCUGUAGUGCACGAAUAUGCCCUGGCUAUUUGCUUGAACUUUUUCUAUCCGGUGCUUUUCGUGCUCUUCAUGUUCUUUGGAAUGGCUUUCAACUUCAUUGUCAACGACAGUCGGAAGAGGCCAAUUUGGAAUGUUAUGAUGUGGACUUCCCUUUUCGCGGGCCAUGGCGUCAUCCUGUGCCUUUAUUCCCAAGAGUGGUAUGCACGUCAGCACUGUCCUCUCAAAAAUCCCACAUUUCUGGAUUAUAUCCGGCCACGUUCCUGGACUUGUCGUUACGUGUUUUAGAAGCUUGGACUUUGUUUCAUUCCUUGACACUGAAGAUGGGUAAUUCUGCCUGAUUUGGGGCCAGCAUCUGUUUCCAGUCGUUACUGAAGUUAUCUGUGGUAUUUGGAUCACUCCGCGCUUUACAGAUGGUUUGCUCCGUUCCUAGGUCAGCUGAGAUGUUGCAAGUUUACUGGAAUCUUGUGCACUUAAAGCAGUACUUUUUUUUUUUUUUUUUUUAAACCUUUUUGGGAGAAGGAGAAGGGAGACUUACAGCUGACAACAGUGACCAAUUUUUGCUGGGUUUUGUUUUUGAUUCCCAUCUAAACAUCAUGACUAAACCCCCAUGUGUCCUUGGCCACUGACUUCGCCAAAACACUUAACGAAGAAAUAAUUUAAAUAUUUUGGUCUUUGAAAUUUUUUUCAGGCACACUGUUGGAAUGUAUGCUAAUUAACUAUGUACCUGGGAAAGAAAACAAAAUAAUGAGGAACAUUUUGGCUAUUUCUAAUAGAGUGAAAAUCUCUA